UUCUUCUAAAUGAUCACUUUAGUUCCUAUCGGAGUGCAAGUGUGGUUGUUUGUUUUUAGCCAAUGGAUGUUUAAAUAGGACUGAGUACUGACCAAGGGACCAAGAGCUUACUUCAUGGAGUACUGAAGCUAACAAAACAUAAUUCGGAGUUAAUUUGACGAAGGAAUACGUCAGUUUAGUCGCGUUUCGUUAGCAAAGAUUACCGUUAUCGACAGCACUUUACAAUAAUAUAAUCUAAUCUAGCUCGCAAACCUAUGCUUGCUAAGAGCUAGUUAGUUAACGCUAGCUAUCUUGCGAAUAGCUAGCUCAUCUUGUUGUUUAUCGACUGAGUUAACUUAUACUACGGCCAACUUUGCACUAUAAAUUGUUUUUCGAUUCUAGUGUAUUUGGUAUAUGUACAUUAGUUAUCUGUCUUGCUGUCUGAUUAUUUUUUUCACGGGGCAAGCUGGCUCUUAACUUUUAAUUAUUUAAUUGUUAGCUAGGGGUAGCUAGUUGGGUUUCGUAGCUAACAUCAAAUUAAAUUGCUUAUUAGAAGACCGCAACAACUAGCUAUCAUCUUCAUCACUGUACUAAUUAAGAGUUUUCUUUCUACUCUUAUAAAUAAACUAUGACAGCAAUGCGUGUUGAUGUCAAAGUGGUGAUGCUGGGAAAGGAGAGUGUGGGUAAAACCAGUCUGGUGGAGAGAUAUGUACACCAUCGCUUUCUUGUUGGACCAUAUCAGAAUACCAUUGGAGCUGCAUUUGUUGCAAAGGCAAUCAACAUUGGUGAGAAGAUGAUUACACUGGGAAUAUGGGACACAGCUGGAUCUGAGCGAUAUGAGGCUAUGAGCAGAAUUUACUACAGGGGUGCCCGAGCUGCCAUUGUCUGUUAUGACCUGACGGACAGCAGCAGCUUCCUGAGGGCAAAGUUCUGGGUAAAGGAGCUCCAGACCUUUGAAGAGCAUUGCAAGAUCUAUUUGUGUGGCACCAAGAAUGAUCUCAUUGAGGCUGACAGGAGUAUGAGACAAGUUGACUACCAUGAUGUCCAGGACUUUGCAGAAGAAAUAGGGGCACAUCAUUUUGAGACAUCUAGCAAAACAGGAAACAAUGUUGAUGAACUAUUCAUAAAAGUAGCACUGGACUUCAGUAACUCAGCCUUAGAGCUCAUGCGAGAUGAGAAAGGAGUGGACCUGGGCCAUAAGAAGGACUCCUAUUUCUACGCAUGCUGCCACCACUGACCCCACACAAGGCACGGUUGUGUGAUCUGUUACCUGGAAACACUGGAUGUCCUCACCUUUUUUAAUUUAAAAUCAAAGACUACAUCUCCCCCCCCCCCCACCCCCCUGUUGUGCCAUGAAGUGUGUGGGAGUGUCAAGCGUCAUUACAAAACAGGAAAAAUUUCAUAAGACUCUUUGAUAAUGAAGACUGGAUGAAAUGAAUGCUGACAUACUUCCCUCUGUAAAGAGGAAAAAAGAGAACUGGGACCCACACUGCAGGAAGUGAUCAUUACCACUACCCAUGAUAGCCCCCCUCCCCCCACAUAAUUGCCUUGAGAGAUUUCUUUUGUUUUAUUGACUUAAACGUUUUUUUGGGGUGUUGUCUGUGACCAUCUAAGUUUACAAGUAAAGCUGCUUUGGCCCAUUUUGUUGUGUGCAUAUAUCUUUGCACAGUAGUAAGGUUGUAUUUAUUGAUGGAAGCUGAUUUUUCAUGCCUGCAAACACCAGUGUAUUUCUGUCCUAAUAAUUUAGGGUCAAGAAUUACAGUGGUGAAAUUGUUUCUAGAUAUGAAUGGAAUACAAUUUGUUUUGUUUCAGAUGGGAAGAUUAUACCACUCAAUAACAUGAAAAAGAUAUUUUUAUUGAAUAUUGUAUGAUCUCCAACAUGAAUAGCCUUCCAAAAGCAGAUAUGACUCUGGAAGUUGGAGGUGGCAUGGUAACUCCCUGAAUGUGGUCAGGUUUGGCUAAACGAGACAGAAUACUGCUAAUCUGGCUGUUUUGCCUUUCUUUCAGCCAGAUCAGCGUAGACAUGCAGUGCCUGUUUAAUGUGACUUUCAUGUUUACAUUGUUUUUCACUUGAGUGUGAUUCCUUUAAGCUUAUAUCAUGCCUGUACAGAUUCCAAACUUUGUGGGUUGUACGUAGGUGUUCCAACCUAAGGUAAAUAUCAUAGUAAGCUAUAUGCAUACUUUCCAAAAGGAAAUGCUAUUCAGUCCAAUCUGCCAGUCACGUUACUUGCAUUAUCUAAUUUUUGUGACCCAAAGCCUUCAGUAAUGGACACUAAACAAAAAGGUUUAUAUCUUCUCCUCAGUAUGGCACACCUAAGUUCUCUAGUUACAACAUGUAUACCAUGCUCCAAGGUGUACAGAAUGUCGAAUUAUAGGGUUGAGACUAAUCAAGUCCUUAAUCAAGGACUAAUGAGGAACAUGUGCGAAGUUUGAAUACACUUGGCUUAUUAAAGUUUGUCAUGAUUCUCAUUUAAAUUUACAUCUGUAAGAAGACAUAAUUAAAAGUGCUCUGGAUAUUUUUAA